UUAAUUUCCAAAUUUGUUCCUUCUUCGUCCCCAAUCUCCCAUCUGUUUCUUCACGCAAAGCCAUUUCCUCUUGAAAGCCGAAGCCAAAGGCACACGCCACACGCAACGGAUACUGUGCCCUCAACACCAAAUCCAACCCAUCUUUUCCUCCUUCAGUCUCCGAGGUUUUGCUCUUCUUCCAUUAAAGAUUGUGGAUUACAACAAUGGUUUCCGACUCGGAGCUCAUCGGCCGGCUCCGAGAGUUUCUUCGGAAUUCCGACCUCAAUACCACCACCACUGCUAUCGUCCGCCGGAAGCUCGAGGAGGACUUUGGCAUUGAUUUGUCCGAUAAGAAGCGGUUUAUUAGGGAACAGGUCGACGUAUUCCUCCAGACUGAGCACGAGAGAGCCGUGGAAGAAGGUUGCGGCGACUGCGAGGAAGUCGACCAGGAAGGUGGAGAUGAAAAUUUGAAGACGGAAGAGGAUGAUGGAGAUAGUGAAGACGGAGAUAACGACGACGAAGAUGAUGAAAAGGGUAAAGCGGGUUCUAACAAGCUUAGUAAAGAGGGGAAGAAAAGAGGCGGGGGUGGUUUUAGCAAGCUAUGUAGCCUUUCCCCACAACUGCAGGAAUUUAUAGGAGCUCCUGAAAUGGCAAGGACUGAGGUUGUUAAGCAACUAUGGAACCACAUUAGAGGGAAAAAUUUGCAAGAUCCCAGUAAUAGAAGAAAUAUUCUCUGUGAUGAUUCGUUAAAAGCACUCUUUGGUGUCAAUUCCAUCAACAUGUUUCAAAUGAAUAAAGCUCUAUCAAAGCAUAUUUGGCCGUUGGAGUCAAAUGACGUUAUUCCAGCCAAUUCAAGUCAGAAAGAAAAGCAACAAAAGGAGAAGCAGCCAAAGGAGAAGCCACAAAAGAAGCGGCAGAAGCAAGGAAAAGAAGAAGAUUCAGAUGACUCUGCAAGAGAGGAAAAGCGGCAAAAGAAAGGGAAAUCUGGUUUUCUUGCUCCUCUUCAACUUUCAGAUGCUCUGGUGACAUUUCUUGGUACUGGAGAGGAUGCAUUGCCUCGCUCUGAUGUAGUGAAAAGAAUGUGGGAUUACAUAAAGCAAAAUAACCUUCAGGUAGCCAAAAUCCCCGGAAAAUGGAGAAUGCCAAUCGUUUUACAUAAGAGGAUAGGACCCUUCUGACAAAAGGAGAAUAAUUUGUGACGAGAGGCUAAAAGAACUCUUCGAUGUCGAUUCCUUUCACGGCUUCACUGUUUCGAAACUCCUGGCCACUCAUUUUAUAAAGACAAAAUAGUGAGUUUCUCCUACACAUUGUCUUUGUUGAUGCAAGAGAAUCUAGAAUUUUGCUUGAGAUAGUUUUAGUGGCCUCUUCUUUGUGUGGUAUUCUCUGGAAUUCACCAACAAGGCAAUGGAAAAUCUGUUUUGUUGACCUUGUGUUAUCUCUCUUUGGUGUGGGUGGUCUGUUGCAAAAUCCUUCAGAAUUAAUUGGACUAACCAUAUCAAUUCUUCUAUACUUCCCUUAGCUUUCAAUUAGCUGCUAAAGCCUCUCUUCUUCUUCUUCUUCUUCUUUUAAAUUUUAUUUUUAAUUAAAAACAAAA